CUCCCGAGCACCUGGUCGAUCAACCCUCACAACCCCGCCAUGGCACUCGGCAUUGUGUCGACCGAGCCGACGCCAUGCUCUCAAGUUAAAGUGGCUGUACUCGCAAUGGAAAUCCAUACGAAUCACCGUGCAAAACAAUGUCUCCCUCCAAAGUUCCGCCGAGCGGCGUCUGGGCCCCCGCCAUCACCCUCUUCGACCCCAACACCGACUCGCUCUGCCCCGAAGAGCAGGCAAAAUACUACAAGUACCUCUCGACGACUGGGCUCGCCGGUCUCGUCAUCCUCGGCACCAACGCUGAAGCCUUCCUCCUCACACGCCAUGAGCGCCGCACACUGAUCAGCACUGCGCGCGCGGCCGUCGGGCCCUCAUUCCCGAUUAUGGCGGGCUGCGGCGCCCACUCGACGGCCCAAGUCCUAGAACUGAUCGGCGAUGCGGCGGCCGCGGGCGCCAACUACACCCUGGUGCUGCCGCCAGCGUACUUUGGAAAGGCCAGCACCCCCGCCGUCGUCGAGCGCUUCUUCGACCAGGUCGCCGAGAAGAGCCCCCUGCCCAUUGUCAUUUACAACUUCCCCGGCGUGUGCAAUGGCGUCGACAUCGAUUCCGACUUGAUCACGCGCCUGCACCACCGCCACGACAACAUCGUCGGCGUCAAGCUGACGUGCGGUAGCGUGGCCAAGGUCACGAAGCUGUCGGCUACCGUGUCCCCCGAGAACUUUGCGAUCUUUGGUGGGCAGUCGGAUUUCUUGCUCGGCGCACUGGCGUCCGGCGCCUCGGGCUGCAUCGCUGCGUUUGGCAAUAUCGCGCCGCGCACCAUUGUUCGCAUCUACGACCUCUACCGGGAGGGGAAGACGAAGGAGGCGCUGGAGCUGCACCAAAAGGCGGCGCUGGCGGAGCAGCCAUGCAAGCUGGGCAUUGCAGCGACCAAGUAUGCGGCUGCGCAGUUCACGGGGCCUAGGGCUGGGAUUGAGGGGGCGGUGCAACUGGCGAAGCCAAGGGCGCCUUAUGAGGAGCCUGGAGAAAAGGUCAAGGAGACGGUGAGAGAGACGAUGAAGGAGCUACAGGAGAUUGAGGGAAAGCUGGCUUGAAUCGUGAGUCAUUAUGCACAUCCGAUGAAAUAAACUUAGACAAAGGUCUUUAUUUUUGAUGCGAAAGCAUGACCUGCAUCGACAGACCUUGGGCUGUCUUGUCCUGGGCCCCUCGACUCUUCAUUAUCUAACGUGGACAAACUCAUUCCGAUGCUGCUCUAAGUGCACCGACAGACCAUGUGACGUCUUGUCCACUCCAACUCUUCCAACCGCUGACAAACUCCUUCCAAUGCAAACGCAUCGACCGACCUUAUGAUGUCUUGUCCGCGGGGUAUCAUAUCUCAUGACUUUUUCUGACCAGAACAAACUCCUUCCAAUGCACGACAAUGCUGAAAGACUAGAGAAAAGACAGCGCUGAACCUGCAUCGACAGACCAUGUGACGUCUUGCUCCCAAGGAAAUAUGGAACAAACUCCUUUCAAUGCAAAUGGGGCGUUGGAAAUGCGAAAAAAAAAAAAAAAAAAAAAAUAGCCGCCUAAACCUU